AGGCCCAAGUUAUUGAGUUCAGCAUCCCUGAACAGAACUCGUUCGAAAGGGUUAUUGCGUGAACAAUGAUGACCGAGACCGAGAGAUUGAAGGAGCUGAAAAUUUCAUAGAAUCCUAACUCUGUCCCUGAUGGAGAAUUCAUGGAGAAGUUGGAGGAGAUGGAAGAUAAGAUCAAUCUGAUCCAUAUGAUGGCUUUCCAAGUCGAUGACUACAAGGAGAGACUAAAGUCGGCGUAUCAGGAGCGGAGCAAGAUUAUCGAUUCUAUCCCCGGUUUCUGGUUUACUGUUGUUCUUCUCAAGCAUCCUGCCUACCGUCAACUUUUCAACCAGGAAGAUCAUAAGAUAUUUCAGUAUUUUACUUCUCUUGAGGUUGAAGAUGAUAUGGAUGUCAACUCAAGCUACUCAAUCACCUUUAAUUUCAAACCCAAUCCAUAUUUUGAGAAUACAAAGCUUCAAAAGACUUUAACCUUCCUUCAAGAAGGAACUACAAAAAUUACUGCCACACCAAUUAAAUGGAAGCAGAACAACCAAGUUCCUGCUGAUUUCGGUUUCUUUUCUUGGUUUACUAUGACUGAGCAGAAAGAUGAUGUGCAUCACAUUCAUGAUGAGAUUGCGUGCUUAUUCAAAGAUGAUGUUUGGAAGUAUGCACUUUUCUAUUUCAAAAUGGAGUCUUACGAUAGUGAUGAGGAAUGGGUUGACUCAUGACUGAGGAUGAUAUGGUGGAGGAUGCCUAGGGAGAAGUGCAUUGUGAUGAUCUUACCUGGUUUACUUUUCUGGAUUAUAGGACUAUGUAAGUGGUCUUUAGGGAUUUUAGCCAUGAAAUAUCACACUUUCUGGUUAUUAGCUUAUGUCAAUAGGUGGAGCUAAGAACCAAUUUCUGGUUUUAUCUGUGAAGCUCUUUCAGAUACUGAUACAUCGGUUUUAUUUAGUGGUCCUUUGUCGUGGAACUACGUAGUAAAAUUGCAUGUUUAUGGUUUAUACUUUAUAUAGCUGUUUGGUGUUGGUUA